CCAGAUCUUUUUUCUCUCUCCCUCCCUCCGUCUUUCCUCUUUCUUCUCUCUUUUCUCCAUUUCCGCUACUUUUCACACGCGUUUUUACCGCCUCGGUCGCGAUUUUGCGAGUCUCUCCGAUAUCGCGUUACCUACUUAAUUCAACAAGUUUCACAAUGUCUGCCACCCGCAAGAGAAAGCCUGAAGAGGAGCCCGAAGAGCUCGUUUCCCUCCCUGAAGAUUCUGACGGCGAGGAGGAAGAGGAGUAUGUCUCCACUGGCGAUGAGGAAGAGGAUGUUGAUGACGACGAAGAAGAUGAGGAAUACGACGGCGAGGAAGGAGGCGAAGAUGAAGAGGAAGAGGAAGAGGAGACCACAGACAAAGCCCCUCCCAAGAAGAAGCUAAAGACGGCAGCUGCCGAAGACGAGGAGGAAGAGGAACAAGACGAGGAGGAGGAGGAGGAGGGUGACGAAGAGGAUGAGGACGAGGAGGAGAUUCCCGAAGAAGAGGAAGAAGAUGAUGAUGCUGAGGCCGAGGCCGAAGAGGGCAGCCCCAAGAAGGCUCAGCGUUCAGCCUCCAAGGCCGUGGACGAGGAUGACGACGAGGAGGAGGCUGAUGCCGCCAAGGCUGCUGCUGGUGGUGAUGAUGAGGAGUAAGGGGGCUCAUUACCUCCCUCUCUCCUUAGUUUCACGGCCACGGCCUUCUUUGGCCUUUCCUGUUUCCUUCAACCUCAUUGUCAUUGCUUGAGUUACUUGGCUUAGGAGUCAUCUUGGAUCUGGUGCUUUUUGGAUAUGGAUUUGAUAGGCGACUGCUUAGAGAUGAAAAACACGAAUAAUGAUGGCUUCAGGGUUUGGUUGAUCGAUGGACGUGAAGUG